AUGCGGCACACGUGUCAUCUCUUCGCCGGGUCUGUGCUCGAUGCGCCAUCGCUCGAGUUGCGCAGGACAGCUCGACGAGUAGCGCAUGCUGAGACCCGCCGCCUGCGGGAGAAGAAAGCGGUAACAAACCCCUACCACAAGGAGCAGUACAUCAGUGCGUUUCUCGAGGCGCACAGCACAGCGCUGGUGCAUCGGCACGUCGUGUCCACGUCUGCCAGUGCCAAGCACAUCGAGAAAACCCCCGCGACGGCCCUUAGCGCCGCCCAGGAACUGACGACCCUGGCGCAGGAGCUAGACGCGCGUUAUGCUACUCAUGGCUCCCCGGCAAGGUUGGCCCGCUCAAGCGCUGAGGCGUUGUCCGCUGACAACACCACUAGGCUGAGCAUCAGCUCUCUCCCGCACACUCCUGGCAUCAUGUUUGGUGCGUGGCGCAGCACCAACGGUGGAGACACGCGUCUGCGACAGCGCCUGCGCUCGGCUGAUGUGAUGCGGCACUGCGUGAUCCGCGAAUCCCGCACACCACCAUCCCUCUCGCCGGAGGUGAUCGAGCGGAUGCUGCCGCCGCGGCUUCCGGCGCCAGCGCAGCGCUUAAUGGUCUACUUAAAAUCCGAGCGCUUCCAGCGGAUUCCGGGUCCGGAGACCUGUGAUCGACUAGAGUCUCUUCUCUCGGCGGCUCUGCGUGCCCUUCAUUACUCACACGAGCUGCAGCGAGCCGUUGCCCUCUACGCCGUUCUGUGUCUCAGCACCUUCAGGGACUGGCACAUGGCCUCUGCCAUUGUGGUGUCUCUGGUGCAUCGGUGGUCGACACUAGUUGCGCUGUCCGGUAUGAGCUCGUCUGAGUUGAUGAAGGCUGUGCACGAGGACCGCUCGCACAUAAUCGCACUGUUCCUGGAGACUGUGCGCUUCAGCAGCUUGAGGCCCUCCUUCACUGCACCGUCCUUGGACGAGCUGGAUAAGGUGUGUGUGGAACUACACAAGCCGUUUGAGGAAGUGGAUACUAGCGCGAUUGCAUGUUUCACGCACGCAGGCGGAUCUCUCGACGAUAACGGCACGAAGCGCAACGGCACUGCUGCUGCCUUCUCGCCUCGCUGGAACCCUGUCGUGUCGGCACCGCUGCUGUCGGUAAUGGGUUUGCACAGGCUCAACGACAGCCGGUUUUCCGGAAGUGAAACAGCGAAAAUGAAGUCCCUGGCGGAGCGUUUCUGCCUGCAUCGAUCUCGUCCCUCUCCGUCACCAUCUGCACCUGCGCUGGCUUCCGGGCCAGCGUACAUGCCUGCCUUAGCGUGGGGUGAGUAUCUGCGGGCGCUGCACCGCUGUGGCGCCUCCUUGGCGGAGAUGCAAGAGGCAACAGAUCGCAUCACGGACAAGGCCUGCACGCGCCAUGCCGACUCGCUUCUCACCAGCACACACGUGUGGAACGCAUACCUCGCCUGCAGCCCGGGCAGCCACGCCAAAGAGGUUUAUGAGAAGAAUCUGCGCGCCUACAAGGUGAGAGAAACGCCCGCCACCACGGCAGCGGUCAUGAUCGCGCUUCUGCGGGAGGGAACGGCAGAGAGCCGCGCCGAGGCCCGUACUCUGUGGAAGCGCCUCCAGCACGUGCACGUAUCCGGCAAGAUGGUCCCGCACACCAGCAGCACAUUGACAGCCUAUAUUCGACUGCUGGAGGCGGAGGGCCAGGCAGACGCGCUCUUGGGGCUUCUUACCUCUUUUGAGGGGCUGUACGAGCCGUUUGGCGUGGCGCCGGAGUCGUUUUCACGAGCGGUGAAGGCGGUACAUCAGCGGGGCCGUGGCGGUUCCAGGACCGCAAGGGGCCUCGAUCUCCUUGCCCAUGUCUGCCACGCACACCCCUUCCUCGUACCACCACUCGUGCGCUACACUAUGGUGCAGGCAAUUGAGCAGACGACGACGGCCGCUGCAUCUGCGAAAGUCGCUGUGACGGGCCACAAUGGCAGAGUGGAGGCCUCGCUCCCUAUCGCAUGUCCAUUUGCGGCAGCAGCGCUUGAGUUCUCUGCGGAGAACCUCGCCGCGACACUCUAA